AUGAGCGACAGAGGCAUGCUGCCCUGCUCCCUUUUUAACGAAAUUCGUCUGGAUGGGGCCCUUUGUGACGCAGUCGUCAGAGUUCAGCAUGUGGAGUUUAAUAUCCACAAAAUUCUUCUCUGUGGUUGUAGUAACUACUUUCGGUAAGUUCACUCUCUGAUUUCAAAUGUCACCUGGAAAAAGGAAUAUUUAAAACUAUACAAAAUUAACUUAAAAAGAGAACCAAUGAUGCACGUUUCCUGUCUGUCUGAGUACAGUCACAUGUCUGCUUUGGUAAAAGUUUUUGUGUAGAAAUAAAAAAGUUAACUUUUAUGAUGUUGACACAAAAUAAAAUUUUGGGGUGUGUUGAUUGGUUUGAAAAUAGUAAUUUCAAUGAUAUUACUCAUAAAGCUGAAUUUGACUCCAUGCUGGUGACCUAAUUCAAAAGCACAGCACUUUUAAUUAUUUAACACACAAAAGACCAUGCCUGAAAUUAAUUGUGGCAGCUGAUGAACUGUUUAGAAAAGACUUUGGGAAGCAAAACUAGAACUGCAUAUAUUUUUAGUCAAAAUUGUGGUUUUUUUUCAUUUAUAUUGUAAGUCAGGGUGUACAAAGAGCAAUGCGUAAAAUGAGCAUUUAAUUCAUUGUUUCUUUUUCAUAAGUUAUAGUUAAGUAAGUUGAUUUCUUACAUGCAUACUGCAAAAUAAAGUGAACUAUAAAGGGUAGUAUAGAGGUUGUACAUAAAAACACAGGGUUGCAUUGUAUCCUGAUACUCAGUGUGGGCUUCAGAGUACUUAUGUACUUUAGAUUGAUAUUUGCCCUGCAGUGUCAUGCAUUUGAAAACCCUCCAUGUUAUUUGGUCGGUUGUGUUUUUCAUCUGUUUUAAAAUGUCCCACAGAGCCCUCUUCACAAACUGGUCUGCCUCUGACCAAAGAGUGUUCGACAUACCUGGCCUUUCUCCUGAUAUGAUGCAGCUCAUUAUUGAGUUUGCCUACACUGGCUCAGUGUGUGUGACCAGUGACAAUGUCCAGGAGCUUUUGGUCGCUGCCGAUCAGUUCAACAUCAUGGAUAUUGUGAAGGCCUGCUGUGGCUUCCUGGAAAAAGAGCUUUCUCCAGAGAACUGCAUCGGCAUCUGGCAGCUCACCAAAAUCAUCCUCUGCUAUGGACUGCAGGAGAAGGCUUAUUGCUACAUCACUGAUCACUUUGAGGAGGUAGCUUCCCACGAGGAGUUCCUGGAGCUGUCUCUGCAGGAGCUUGCAGACUUCCUGGAGAAAGACGAACUCAAUGUAAAAAAUGAGAAGACCACGUUUGAGUUUGUUGUUCACUGGAUCAACCACAGACGGGGAGAACGGGAAGAGCACAUCAGUGUACUUUUGUCAAAGGUAAGUAGGCCUUGGGGGUUCCCAUAACCACACGGAAUGAAAAAACUACUACCAUUGCAUUUUGGUGGUUGUAAUUAUGAGCAAAAGAAUUUGUUUUUGAGGGAAAAACUGAACAAAUGAUGGAUCAUAAUUAUGCAUCACAAGGGCUUCUUGUCCUUGAAAGCCACCAUCACUUCACCAAUGGACGGGGUGAGCAAGGGAGCAUUUAAAUCCAGAAUCUGAUGGCUAGGUACCAUUAAAGACUAAACACUGUACCCAGGCCCGGAUUAAACCUUCUAUAUAGCAAGCAUUAUAAAUAAAAGUGCAAGGCAUGAUAUGAAGGCCUGUUAUGGUUAUACAAUUUGUUUUGUUUAAAGGAUUGCUACACUGAGAUUUGAGAAUUUUAUUAUUUUAUAUUUGUUCUACAUUUGUCUGCAUUUGUGUUUUGAUCUUUCUUUUCAUAUUCUGUAGGGACUGAUAAAUGUCAGAGGUUUUGACACUGUGAUACUUGAAUAAAUGUUUUAUACCAUAUUUUGAAUUAAUUCAGACCUUUUGUGCAUUUAUUUUUGUCUUGUUACAUUUUUCCAUUAUUCCAAUUUUGGGAAUUUGACUGACUUUCAGCCAUUUAUGGCCAUGAUGUGCUGUUUAUAUUUCAUUGCUUUUAUUACACAGUAGGUUGUGUCAUUUUUAUGUAUGAAACAUAAGCUUUUAGCUAAAUUUACUGUAUAUAUUUCAUUGUGCUGGGUGCAAAUCACUUGAGUUGAGACGUUUUCUUCAAGAAAUUUGCUACAUUUCAUAAUCUGAAUUCACUUAUGCAUAUACUAAGGCACCAAUAACUGUUUCAGAUGUUAGGUAGAUGUAUUUAUGACAUCUGAGAAAGAUUUUGUCUUGUCAGAAUCAACAUAGCAGUUUCUACAAGCAAAAACAGCAGCACCAUAUAAUCGUUUUUUGUGUUACUCACAUAUAUGUACAUUUCUGGCUGGUCUUUUGUCUCACCCUGUAGAGAAAGCCACUUUCUAAUACUAGUUCUGUAAGUUUCCCAACGUGGCCUUGUAAAGUGGAGAACGUCUUCACUCUGGACAGAUGAUAGAUGCAUAUAGCAUCGUUUUCGUUCCUUUUUGAUGCACUUUUGAAGGCUGUUUUCUUUUUUUCCUUUUAAUUUCUUCCUCUUCGUUUGUCUCGCUGCUAGAUGCGCUCGUCGCCAUGUUUGUGUAUUUCUGAUACUAUGGCAACGAGACUCGGCUCCUAUUGGUCCACGUGACAAAAAUCGCUUCACCCCUCUGCAUAUUCGAUUGCGCGUGUGCAAGUAUCACUGCGCCGCAGAAAGGAAAUAGUUCGACACCGAAACACUGAUUACUAAAAAUCGACGGGAUGGCAUGAGUAGAAAUUUUUUUUAGUACUCACUAUCAAUAUAGCUGUUUUAUGAAUCAUAGUUUAUGUUGCCCCACUGAAGUGAAACGAGAUUCACUUUCUAGGCACUUUUUCCUCUGUCCCAAUACAGCCUAAUCCUUUUUUUUUUUUUUUAUUAUUGAACAAGACAGACAGUACAACCAACGAGAGACACAUCACAACAAUAACGACAAAAACAGAAAACAAAACACAACCAUACAACAGCCAGAGGACUUACAGUUCAAUGGUACAGAAUUUCUUCAUUACGGAGUAAGUUUUGGUAGCUUUCUUGUUCGUAAUGUCCUUGAUCGUGGCAGCAUAACGGAGCAGUUCAUUUUUGAAGGGUGCAAUGUUUGGCUUGGAUUUGGCCCAUUUGUUUUUGUGAAUAUGGAAUUUCCCCAAGCUCAGCCUAAUCCUCCUCACACCGGGCGCAGCUCACCAGCGUCAUAGCGGCCUCUGCUCGGGCUGAGUGGCCCCCCAUAGCCAAACGCCCUGAGGCUUCAGCCUCACUAUGCCUCAUGGUUAAUCCGGCUCUGACUGUACCCUAAAAGUCCAGCAGGUAUUGUGGCAUUUUUACAGCAGUUAAAUUAGCCCAGAAACAAAUCUGCAGGUUUGUGGCAGCUCUACCCGGCCUCUAUCAUUCCCUGGCCUCGGAUUUCCUGAAUCAAGUCAGGACAGCCACAACCUUAUCUAACAUGGAGAAGGUGUUAGCACCUUUGAGACUCUGGGUACAUCUCAAGUUUCUUCUUUGAAGUUUUAGAGGCUGUCCCAGACCUGCCAAUUCGCAGACUAUCCCACAGCUCUUUUUUUUUUUAAAGAAAUCUCUUCCUGGUUUCUCUCCAGGCAUCCUUUAUGAAGAUAUACUUGCUUUUUUUACCUUUGCAUACACAACUGACUGCAUUAUGAACUUAACUGUGCACUAAUUGACACUUAGCAUUGCACUCAGCAUGUUAAAGCAGGAUAUGUUAGAGGGCACAGCAGAGCUCAGGUUGUAUGCAACUAUCAGAUUCAGGGAUGUAAGAAUGACAUAGCAGAAGUCACAGAGGAAGUCACUGUUAAUAUAUUUUUAAACAUAAAUUGAACCGAUCUCUUAUCCAGCUGUUUUGACUGGGAUGUUAGCGACACAUUGCGCAGAUUUGGAGACUUGAUAUUCAAGUCGCUCUGAAACAUGUCCUGUCACUGUUGUUCCUCCUGCUGUGUUGACUGUCACAUCUCUAUAUCUACACUGCUCCUCCUCAUUUAUGUGCAUACUUCCUCUCCAGCCUGAGUCCUGUAAUUUUUUUUAAGAAUGUGCAAAGUCGACAUGGUGAUCAGACACAGAAAUAAUGUCAGAUAUCGUAAACCAACUAUCAAACACAGCCACUGUGGCAGCCAUGGAUGUGGAACAAAUGAAAUCUGCUCCUGCAUCUGUAUUAGAAAGUGUUUCAUGCUGCAUAUAAAAUGGAAAACAUAUAGGUUCCUAAGUCAUGUGCACUCAAACAUCCAAAUCCAAGGUAAUGUGAGAUCAAUCCCUCAUCUUUUAGAAAUCACAUUUCAGUUGACAAUUUCUCAUUUUGUCUGUGUAGGUCCGUCUGUCUUUGACGAGUGAGGAGUACAUCAUCAGCUGUGUCAUGUCCAAUGAGCUAGUGAGAAACAACGCUCACUGCAUGCAGGAGCUUCGUGGCUUGGCACAAAUCACUGAGAGUGGACCCCCUGAUGUCUUUAACCCCUAUUCCUGCCCUCGCCUGCCUCCCGCCAUCCUGUUGGCUAUAGGGGGCUGGAGCGGUGGUGAUCCGACCAAUGGAAUCGAGGCGUACGAUGUCCGAGCCAACCACUGGCACAAUUUUACAGACAAUUCAGAGCAUCCUCGAGCCUAUCAUGGCAUAGCCUACCUCAAUGGAAGUGUCUACUGUGUCGGUGGAUUUGACCGGUUGGAGCAUUUCAACAGCGUUCGCCGGUUGGACUUGAGCACAUAUACCUGGCAUGAAGUAGCGCCGAUGUACUGCCGAAGGUGCUAUGUUACUGUUACUGUGCUGGACGGGUGGAUCUAUGCCUUAGGAGGGUUUGAUGGUCAUACACGACUCAAUACUGCUGAGCGUUACAGGCCAGAGACCAACCAGUGGAGUAUGAUUCCACCCAUGAAUGAGCGGAGGAGCGAUGCUGAUUGCACGACACUGAAUAACAAGGUGGGUGAGACAGAAGAGCACUGAUGAUUUGAUUUGCUGUAUCUACUUAAAAAAAGAUUUGAUUCAGUCAAACUUGCAGCACUUUAAGAAGGACAGGUGUAAGGAAACUGAAUGAGGUCAAAAUCCCUGAUUAGUUUUUUGACCUUUCAAAUGUGUGUUUAAAGCCCCCUGUGAGGAUUUUUCAGCUGGUGAUAAAAACAGACUGAAAUUUUGGUGUCUCUCUAUAACCUACAAAUGCAAACUAAACCAUCAGGGGAAAAAGCUGAUGAUUUAUUUGUUCUCAUAAUUAAUGCCUGAUACCAGUGAUGCAGGUUAGGACAAGACAAGGUCUCAUCUGUGUUGUGCUCAUUAAGUUUGGUUUGUGUGUGUCUUGAUAGUGGGAACAAAGUUAUCUAAAAAAGGAAAAACUAUCCUGUUCUUCCCAGGUUUACAUAUGUGGAGGCUUCAAUGGGCUGGACUGCCUGCAAACAUGUGAAAACUACUGCCCAGAAACUAACCAGUGGACGGUGAUCAGCCCCAUGAACAACCCGCGCAGUGGGAUUGGCGUCGCGGCAUACUCAGGCUACAUUUAUGCUGUAAGUCCAUUCAGUCACUGAUAGUUUGUUCAAAAGCAAUAAAACAAACUAGAUGUUAAAAUCAACAAACUGACAUAGGUUUUCCCAGCUGCUUUGUCAUUUAUAAGUACUAAAUAGUUAUUUUGGUAACACUUUACAAUAACCAUAAUUUAUAAAUGGUAAAUAGAUAGUCUAUUAAUGUUUUAUCAUCAUUUAGAAACAGCAUAUAGACCAAUUAUAAAUGGCAAAUAGAUAGUUUAUUAAUAUAAGUUAUAUAGUUACUUUAUCAUUGACAAACGGUGAAAUUAUGAUUAAGAAUUUUCAUUACUUAUUGAUAGACUAUUUAUUACAGGUUUAUAUAGGGUUUAAAUAUUGGUUGUAAAACAUCUAGAUUAAAAUGUGUGUCAGUAGCACUUUGUAAAUGGUUAAUAUUUGGUUUAAAACCAAAUAUAAACAUUACUUAGACGGUUAUUAUAGAGGUGGAACUGAUGUUUGUAAUACUUUGUAAAUGAUGAAUAAGUGGUUUUUAAACCACCUAUAAACAUGACUUAGAUGGUUAUUGUAAAGUCAGGGUUAGGGUUAGGGUUAGGAUUUUAAAAAUGUAAAAUUUACAAUUUAUUAAUGGUCUAUAUGCUAUUUAUAAAUGAUGAUAAAACAUUAAUAAACUAUCUGCUCACUAUAUAAAUGGUCUAUUUACCAUUUAUACGUUAUGGUUAUUGUUAAGUGUUACCGUUGUAUUUCUUCAGAUUUAGAAACUAUAAUUGUGAAAUGUGGGGAAAUCGGGUUCAGUCCAGUUUCACUGAUUCUCCAACUUUACCGCUUUAGGUUGGUGGCUUUGAUGGCAAUGCCCGUCUGCGCAGUGCAGAGGCUUACAACCCCCAGACCAACGCCUGGAACGAAAUACCCUCCAUGCAAAACCCUCGCAGCAACUUUGGAAUUGAAGUGCUCGAUGAUUGCCUCUUUGUUGUUGGGGGCUUCAACGGUUUCACCACCACAUUUAACGUCGAAUACUACGACGCCAUAAACAGUACUUGGACUGAGGCUGCCGACAUGGAGAUUUUCCGCAGUGCUGUCAGCUGCUGCGUGGUGUCCGGGGUCAACAGGGACAGAUUCAUUAUCCCUCGAGACAACCUGCUACAUGCCGUGGAGACUGAGUUUGCCGACUCAGGAGAGUCCUCCUAA